AGCAGCCGGGUGGUGGGAGGAGCCGUUACAGGAGCUGAAGCUGUUGGUUAAUCCUGAUCAAGAUGACAACCUUCCAAAAGCACCAAGACUUUGUGGCAGAGCUCAUGGGGGAAAAGCCAGUGGGGAGCCUGGCUGGAACUGGUGAAGUCCGGGGCAAGAAGCUGGAGGAAAGGGCCUUUGACAAGGCCUAUGUGGUCCUUGGCCAGUUUCUGGUGCUAAAGAAAGAUGAAGACCUCUUCAGCAAAUGGCUAAAGGACACAUGUGGUGCCAAUGCCAAGGAGUCCCGGGACUGCUUCAGGUGCCUCUGA